UAUUAUUUUUAUUCAAACAACCCAAGACAGUGAAACCCUGCCGUGCCUUGCUCAGAGCUAUCAUGUGAUACGGAUGACGAUAACCAAAUAACCAUUGCUGCUUCUUGUAUUGUGAGACUGUGACAGUACAUUCGAUGUGCCAUCCCCGUCCAUGGACGAUGGUUUAGCUAGUUGUACAUAUUUGCAUAUAAAUAUGUACUAGUUUAUUGUUUGCUUGGGUUACUUUUUAAUAGUUUAGCUUGAGAAGAGUACUAGAGAAGUUAACUAGAUAUUUGCAUCAUGAUGGCAACUUUGUUCUACCCCGCAAGAGCCGUUGAAAGGCUCAUUAACGUGGUUCGUAUUAUUUUCGGCACGUUUAUCCUGCCCUAUCUGACUGUAUUCCUACCAUGGGAUAAUACAUUCCGAAAAGACCGAUCCACCCAUUUUAUUUUCAUCACCGGGUGUGAUUCUGGGUUCGGAUAUAUGCUUUCAAAAUCUAUGGAUAAGAAGGGCUUCUCCGUGAUCGCAACAUGCCUGACUGAUAAAGGAGCUCAGAAGCUGAAAUCUGAGACCUCCGAUCGGUUGCGCACAAUGGUCUUUGAUAUGACGAAUGAGAAGCAGUUGGAUGAAGCAGUCGAGAACACCAAGGCUAUCUGUGGCAACUACGGUUUGUAUUGUCUUGUCAAUAACGCCGGCGUCGCCGAUGAAGCCCCUUUCGAGUUCCAGGAUAUGGCCGCGUUCCGUAGAGUGAUGGAGAUUAAUUACUUUGCCAUGGUUGCGGCCACUAAGGGUCUAAUGCCUCUGCUGCGCAAGUCUGGACAGUCGUCAUCAGGCGCCAGGGUUAUCAACGUGGCCAGUUGUGCCGGUCGUUCUUCGGCGCCUGCAAUGGCGGCUUACACUUCUAGCAAGUUCGCCGUUGAGGCAUUCUCGGAUUCCUUACGUCGCGAAUUCUGGUCCUUCAACGUGCACGUGUCUGUCGUCGAACCAGGAUUUAUGCGCACCCCUAUUGCUACAACCGUCGAUCCUAAGGGAAUGAUUGCGAGAAAAUGGGACAAGGCGAGUAGCGAGGUGCAGAAUGCCUAUGGAUAUAAAUUCUUUACGAAGAUUCUAGAGAACCCUAAACGCUUGCAGGCGAUACUGCAAGACCCCCAGAUGACGAUUGUGCAAAUGGAGAAAAACAUACUUAAGGCAUACCCGAAGUCGCGCUACUCCGCAGGCUAUGACAGUAUUUUCUAUGUCGCGAGCAGUUACAUGCCUGCAUUCGUGAUCGAUGUGAUGUGUGGACCAUUCCUGCCCAGACCCGAUGAAGCUAAAUUUGGCAAGUAUAUGUAAAUACAGCCAUGUAUGUAUAUAUAUAGCAGCGCUCAAGUGCACAGCAACGCAUUCUGCUUGUGUUUAGUCCAUAAUCUGAGCCUCUCCGAAGUUCGGAGCGGAAGCCGGAUCGCUUAUCUAUCGUUUAAGGACUAACAUAAUUUAGGACAAUAAAAUUACAAACGGGAGUAUGGAUAGCCAAUCUGCUGUCUACAGCAAGUGGGGAAAGCAAACUUUGAGUUAGUAAAAGACUGUCAC